GUACAUAUCGCACUCUAUAUAAAGUUGCAAUGUGCAAUUGAUAAUCCACGAUGCAGAGACGUAUUGAUAAUGUAAACAUGAACGGUUGGAUGCUUGUGGAACUCUGUGCAUCCAUGAUACGCAAUAAGUAAAGUACAUAGGUCAAACUACGCAAUGAUUGCACUUUAUAGUGACACAAACGGCACAUGACCAAAGCACAGAGCAAGGAUCAAAGUAGGCAGCCAUGGCGGGUGUAUUUCCUUCCUCCGUGAUUAAAUGGUGUUCAGGCACCAAUAGUCACGCAACUUCUAUGAAACUUCUGGUGUUUUGCUUUUACUUGCUCAUACUAGGAGUAAGCAUUGGAAACUGUUCCAGUGUUACUAAUGAAGCUGCUACGAUAGAAACCAAUGAGCCUACUGUAGUGACUGGUGCUACCUAUGCUACACAGCAGACGACCCAUUACGCCCCCACCAUCGGCCCGCCACCGCCAGGCACCAUCGGCCCACCACCGGCCGGUGAUCUCUGUGGGACACAAAAGAGUAACAGCUACGACUUGACUACCCUCGUAACACCGCCAUAUUGGACUCUGAAUAAGUUGGGAAAAUGUUUCGACACCUUCGGGAACCAAAGCAUUGGUUGUGAAUUUAGUUUUGCGUUUUGUAAAUAUCUUCCACCUGAUGUUGCAUCACAAAAACCAGGAGUUGGUGCUUCGCAAAUUUCCACGCAACCUGGAUCACAACGAGCUUUGCUUGGCGGUAGAAGUGCCGUUGUUCAAAACACAGAUGGAACACAGCUUCUUAUUUCCUUCGAAAAUGGAGAAUUGAAGGAAUGUGGAACACUUCAAGUGGAGUUUUACUUGCAAUGUAAACAAGAUGCUGUAUGGGCAAUUCCUAUAUCAGGCAGCCCUGGCAUGUUACCCUCAGACACUACUGUAACAUUGGAUCAAACUAACUGCAAAUACAUUAUAAACGCCGACUACAAUGGAGCGUGCUCUACGCCAUCGGGAUUGAGUGCAGGUACCGUUCUCAUCAUUUUAUUUCUUUGUACAGUUGCCACGUAUCUGAUUGGAGGAAUAGCAUGCAAUAAGUUUUCCGGUGCAACAGGUGUAGAGCUCAUCCCGAACUAUGAAGUUUGGAAAAAUUUCCCCAGUGACGUCAUGGGUGGGUUUGGAUUCGUAGUUGGUCUCAUCACGUGCCAGAAAAACACAAAAUCGGAGGAAUAUGAUAGCAUCUAGAUCGCACAGGACGUGUUGCUGUAGAAGGAAGAACUCACAUAAGACAAUCCAAUGUGUUAAUUGGGCAAGCUGUACAUGAACUCCAUGACGUGGAUACGGUUAGGUCAAUAAAGGUCACACCGGAGGCCUAUUGCAGUACUCUAAAUAACAAUAUUAAUUUUACUAAAAAGUUCAAUAUUGCGUCCAUUGCGUAAAAAUUUCCAAAAGUGCAUUAAGGCCUACACAAUUCAAAAUGCAUAAUGAAUAGAAGAAAAUUAUAAGAAAAGAAGACUGAUCAUUGUGCCAGUGCCCAAACCGUAGUGUAUGGGUAAAGAUUACGUCUGUCCUGUUAUAACAGAGACCAAUGAUUACUCUAUAUGGACCUUUAUCGUUGUGCAGCCAUUUUGAUUCUCAAAUAGAUGUUGUUGUUACCAAACUACUGACAUUUUCCACUGUCAGAUUACAGUCUUAAUUUGUUAGCUAACCAAUUGUGUGCAAAAACAACUCGUCUUAUAAAGAAUCGGUUGAAUAUUUUAGUAUUGCAAUCAAAUUCGUGUCUUUCUAUACAACUAAUUGACUAUUAAAAUACAUCUUAAAAAGUGCUAUUCGUUUUGAAAAGAGGCAUAGCCCAUGAGCUGAAAAAGGUGCAGAAUAAUUGUCAAAAUAAUUUAAGUUGUUCGUUUGUUUGUGAAAAGAAACUGCCAAAUAAAAGACGGGCUCUACUGUGAAACAAAAAGUUAACCAUUGAAUUAAAAAAAUCUUACUGUCUUCACAAGGCACUUUUUGAAAAACCUUCUGUCAGUUUCUUUACUUCACAGAAUGCACUUCAAAGUAUAUGCCCUCAGAACCAAAAACAAAUAAGAGUUCCUUACCCUUUGUAAAAAAAAUGGUGUCGAUAUAAAAUGACGAA